AUGUUGGUGAUGGUUCCACAGGCGUCCGCGACCCUCCACCGAUGCUAUCAUCAAGAAACAGAGCCACCUUCAGUGCCCCAGCGGCCUUUCGUGGUCCCCUCGAGCCCUGCCGCGGACUGCCUGCUUGUGUGGAGCCGCGGGUACCGGGCAGGCAGCAGCGAGGCGGCGGGCCCAAAAGCCCAAAUGCGUCAAUCUUCAGAGCCCGAUAGCGGGCCUCCCGAGCGAGCUGCACCGUUCUUACUGUAG